AUGGCGAAGGCACGGCGCCGGCGGCGCUUCCCAGCCCUGGCCAGUCUCCUCCUCGGGGCAUUUUGGCUUCGAGGCGAGGACAAGGACCCUCCGGUCAAGUCGCUCCUAGGACUGGCCCUUGCCAGCUGCAACUUGGCCCAGUUUGCAGUGAUGAUUAAGCAGAAGACCGGGAAAUCGCCGCUGGCUUACAACCGCUACGGCUGCUACUGCGGCUGGGGCGGGUCCAAACAGCCCCUGGAUGCCACCGACAGGUGCUGCCACGCCCAUGACUGCUGCUACAAGAAAUUGGCCGCCUCCGGCUGCAGCCCCAAAACGGCCACCUACAAAUACGUCUUCCAAGGAAACCAAAUAACCUGCGGAAAUGGGAACUCGUGCCAAAAACAGACCUGUGCCUGCGACAAGAAGGCGGUGGAGUGCUUCCAGAGGGCAGCCAGCUCCUACCGCAAAUCCUACGACAACUACCCCAAUUCCAGAUGCAAGGGCCAAACGCCCUCCUGCUGA